AAAAUUGAUGGCGAAAUCUCAAGAAUAAAUAAGAAGCAACUAUCCUCGUUCGUUAUAGAAGCAUUUGAAGGUCGACGACGCUUGUAAGUGUGUUGGUGGACUUUUUUUUUUUUUUGGUUUGAAUAUUAGGGAAAAGACUUUUGUUGACUUGAUCUCUGCUUCUAGUUUGGUGGAAUUUCGAAGAACGUCGUUUGCCUGUUGAGUUUAGUAGAAAAAGGAUUGUUGCUUCAUCGGUCUUUCUUUUUUUUGGGGGAUUCUUUUUGUUAAUUUUUUUUUUGGUUGGAUCUUUCAUUUGAUUUGAUUCUAAUUUCGUUUUUUGAUUUUUUUUCUUAUUUUCUUGCUUUGAGUAUGUCAUCAGCUUCUAUGUUUUCCAGUUAUGCUGGCAAUCGUGACCCAUCAAGUGCAAAGGUGCGAAUUGGUGUGUUAGCUUUGCAAGGAGCUUUUAUUGAACAUAUUAAUAUCCUGAAUUCUUUUGAGGAUGUCUUUUCCUUUCCCGUAAAGACAGGCGCUGAUUGUAAAAACAUCGAUGGUCUAGUUUUACCAGGUGGUGAGUCUACUACGAUGGGCAGGCUUAUUGGCAUAGACUCUGAUUUGAAAGAAAAUCUAGAGAGUCUAGUAGCUAGAGGAGUCCCUAUGUGGGGCACUUGCGCUGGUAUGAUCCUCCUCUCCAAAAAGUCUCAUGGUGGGAAAUUCCCAGACCCAUAUUUGUUGCGAGCAAUGGAUAUUGAAGUUACACGGAAUUAUUUUGGUCCUCAAACCAUGUCCUUUACGACUACCAUUCGGCCUACCGAUUUUAUGAGGUUUGAAACCACAAAGCGAAUGGAAGCUUUUGAUGCAACCUUCAUCCGUGCUCCCAUCGCUUCAUCCAUCAAUAGCGACAGUGUCCGUGUUUUGGCCACCACGACUCACAAGGACCGAGAAGUCGUUGUCGCCGUCGAACAGGGUCCUUUUCUAGGAACCUCCUUUCAUCCUGAACUAACCGUGGAUGAUAGUUGGCACCGAUGGUGGGUCAAUGAACGUGUCCUUCCUACCAAAAAGUAGGUGCAUUCCCCCUUUUUCCUUAUAAUGUGUUCAAAAUUUUAAUAUUACGAGAGAAUAUCCUUUUUAGAAAGCCCCGUCGUAGUCUAAAUUCCAGGUUGCUACAGAUAAUUUCAAUAUAAUGUACUACUAGAAGAAUCCAUAUUUUCAGUUUGGUUAUUUCCAA